AUGAGGUACUCAUUCACUCUCGCCGUUGCGGCUUUGUGCGUUGAAAGCAGUGUCGCAACACCGCUCAACCUCGAAGCCAGACAGCAAGGCAGUGGCGCAGGCCCUUACGCUCCGGGCACUUACAAGACCGAGAGCUCCCUCCAAGGCCACACAAUCUACUACCCAACCAAGAGCACCGGCUCCGAAAAGCUCCCUGUGCUCGUCUGGGGUAACGGUGCAUGCAGCACCGACGGCCGCUCGAACUCGGCUCUCUUGCAGAACAUCGCCAGUUACGGAUUCCUCGCCAUCGCUGAGGGUGGCCCCAACGGCGGCGGUACCUCCAAUGCUCAGACCAUGAGACAAGCCAUUGACUGGGUCACCCAGAACGCCGGCAAAGGAAACUAUGCCAACGUCGAUGCGAGCAAGAUCAUGGCCGCAGGAUUCUCGUGCGGUGGCGUCGAAGCCAUCGACAACAUCUGGGACAGCCGCGUCGACACCAUCGGAAUCAUCAGCUCAGGUCUGCUGACAAACUACACUGCGGCCAGUAACUGGAGGAAGCCAGUGCUUUUCGUAUUGGGUGGUUCAGGCGACAUCGCUUACGGCAACGGUGAGCGUGACUACAAGAACAUGCCUGCUGGUGUUCCGACCUGGAAGGGCAACAUUCCCGUCGGCCACGGCGGUACCCUCGGCGAUGCGAAUGGCGGCCGUUUUGGCAAGGCGAUCCUCAACUGGAUGCUGUGGACUAUGAAAGGAAACACACAGGCGGCGUCUUACUUCACCAGUGGUUACCAGGCUGAUGGAUAUCAAGUCGAGUCUAAGAGCUUGAACUCGUUGAAGCCGUUCUGA